UGUGGCGCGUAGUCCAUGCGAGUUGACGUUUCCCGCCAAAGCGCUUUUUGAACUUCGAACGCGAUUAACUUUUUAAAAUUAAAAGGCGCGCGUGUCAACCAGUGUCAGCAUUCGCUGUAUCAAAAGUUGCAUUUUAUACGGCACGUGUUGUGAAAUGUGUGUUAUAAACUUUUCGUUGUGAAAAAAGACAUUUCGCAAAUUUGUUUUAUUUUUUUUAAAUUUAAUGUUUGACUAAAAAUAAAUCAUGGGAGUUAUUGAUAGGAGAAAGUGUUUAUCACACAUAAAUAUGGAUAUGACGAUAUGGUUACCAUUGGUGUUGGCUGUUAUCACAUUCGCAACUCCAGUUUUAUCAGCGGAACCCCGAGUGGUAUGCUACUACACUAACUGGUCGGUGUACCGACCGGGUACAGCGCGCUUCAACCCCCAGAACAUCAACCCCUAUCUCUGCACGCACUUGGUCUAUGCCUUUGGCGGAUUCACCAAAGACAAUACACUUAAACCCUUCGAUAAAUAUCAGGAUAUUGAAAAAGGUGGAUACGCCAAAUUUACGGGCUUAAAAACCUACAACAAGAAUCUGAAGACAAUGCUGGCCAUCGGCGGUUGGAACGAAGGCUCUAGCAGAUUUUCCCCCAUGGUCGCUUCCAGGGAUCGGCGGAAGGAGUUUGUAAGGAAUGCUAUUAAGUUUCUCAGACAAAAUCACUUCGAUGGACUCGAUCUUGAUUGGGAAUAUCCGGCGUUCAGAGACGGCGGCAAACCGAAAGACAGAGAGAACUACGCGAAACUUGUCAAGGAAUUGAGAGAAGAAUUCGAAAGGGAAUCGGAGAAGACUGGCAAACCUCGUCUACUGCUCACCAUGGCUGUACCAGCUGGCAUAGAGUAUAUAGAGAAAGGAUUCGAUAUAGAAACUUUAAACAAAUACUUGGACUGGAUGAACUUACUGUCUUACGACUACCACUCGGCGUUCGAGCCAGCCGUCAACCACCACGCGCCACUCUAUCCGCUCGAAGAGCCCAACGAGUACAGCGUCGAUAACGAGCUUAAUAUCGAUUACACGAUAAAAUUCUAUCUGGAGAAUGGUGCGGACCCCAAAAAGCUUGUGCUCGGUAUACCGACGUACGGACGCUCCUACACGUUGUUCAACCCUGAUGCGGUCGAGAUCGGCUCCCCCGCUGACGGUCCCGGGGAACAGGGGGAUGCGACCAGAGAGAAAGGAUACUUGGCAUACUACGAGAUAUGCGAAGCUCUUAAGCCGAAGCAGAAGAAGCGUAGUAUUAGUUCUGACUCAGAAGAAUACUCAGAUGAAGAAGAGGAAGAGGAGGAAGAAUGGACGGUGAUGCAUCCCAACCCCACCGCCAUGGGUCCCGUCGCCUUCAAGGGCAACCAGUGGGUCGGCUACGAUGACAUCGACAUUGUCAAGAAGAAAGCAGAAUACGUCGCUGAAAAUGGACUAGGAGGCAUUAUGUUCUGGUCAAUCGAUAACGAUGACUUCCGCGGUAACUGCCACGGCAAGCCCUACCCGCUCAUAGAAGCGGCCAAGGAGUCAUACAUUCAAAAACUUGGGUCGACAGAUAACACUAUUGUGUCGGAGAGGCCAAAGUCACGCAAGUCCGGAAGUAAGUCUGGCAGAAGGAACAAACGACCUCGCACCACCUCAACCACCACCACAACUACUACAACUACUGAGGAACCAUCUACAAGGAGCAACAAGCGUAAGAGCGGAUCAGCUACGAGUACGACUCCUGCCUGGAACGUCAUCACUCCUGAACCACCUACAACUCCUGACCCUGGUUCAGACUUCAAGUGCACAGACGAAGGUUUCUUCCCGCAUCCGCGUGACUGCAAGAAGUACUUCUGGUGCCUCGACUCCGGCCCAUCCGACCUUGGCAUCGUCGCUCACCAGUUCACUUGCCCUUCAGGUCUAUACUUCAACAAGGCGGCAGAUUCUUGUGAUUUUGCACGCAACGUGCUUUGCAAAGUGUCAGCGGCUACAACUAAGGCUCCCACUAAAGCGCCUACCACUAGGACCACGGUCACCACAACUACAACGACCACAACACGGAAGCCUUUAAGGAUCAGCACGCGCAACUCAUUGCUGUUUAGAACAUCCACUACACCCGCACCUCAGGAGGAAGAAUACGAAGACGAGGACGACGAAGAUAACACAGCGGAUGACGCAGAAGAUCCUAAAGUUAUCAAGGAACUAAUCGAUUUAAUUAGGAAAGUCGGUGGCGUGGAACAACUAGAGAAGCAGCUCGGUUUAUCAGAAACAUCCAUCAGCACCAGCAGUGAUGUAGCAACAAGCACGCCCUCUUCUUUCAACAAAAAACUUUACCAGAAAGUCUUGGAACGGGCCCGUGGAAGGGGCAAAUUUAACACAAAUGGUGUUACUGGCAGUCAAUCACAAAACAGUCGCAGCGGACCGCAGAACGAAGGCCUCCAGCCAACCGCAGACCAAGAUCGAUUACUGAAAAAAGAUAGACCGCAAUACGUAACAAUUAAUCGAUCUCGUCCACCCACUUCGGUGACCACUGCGAACUCUUUAGAGAGUGAGGAGAUCGAAGACGAACAAGAAUCAGAAGAGCAAUUGACACGAGGUAGAUCGGCUGGAGUACAAUCCAAAGUAGCUACCACAAGCAAACCUCUACAAUAUGUUAAUAUCAGACGUUCGAAGCCUACCACAACUGUACCUGAUACUGACGAUGCAUCAGGAUCCAGGAAUAAUGCUCUAUUUGAACGCGUGGAGCCUUAUGUAUCUGUGUCAGAAGCAGUCAACUCACUGGACAUCGCCAGUGCUAGGAGAGAGAAUAUUCCCGAAUACGUGACAAUUAGACGAAGUCGCCCUACCACCGAAUCAACUACUGCGCAAUAUCAGAAUUCGGAAACCGAAGUUGAAUCUCAGGAAUCUGCUUUAGAAAGAGAAAUAACUUCUUCAUCUCUGCAACCACAGUACACUUCAGUAUUGAGAAUUCGUUCAACCACACUUCCUCCUCUUGAGGAGCCAAGCAGCCCUGAACCUACUACGGUCCUUGCUGUUCAAAUCUCAUCUUUGUUAAAUUCUCCAACUGCUGCGGAAGUACCUUCAUCUGAGCCUUUGUCAUCCAUAUCUAUUACAACACAAGAAAUUGAAGUCCCUACAACAACCGCCACAAGUCCUACUACAACCACCCUGCCGACAACACCAUCUGCCAUUACGACAACUGAAACCCCUUCAACUACUACCUCACGUCGUGGUUUAAGACGUCGUGGGUCUACGACAGCCUCAACUACAACACCAUCAUCUCCAACUUCAACCACUCAGGUCCCACGGACAAACUUCCUCCGUCGCACCAGGCCCACGACGGUGCCCAUCACCACUGACUCUAAUACAGCAUCACCGGACAACGUCGAAACAACCACCAGCAAAUACACAAGGCGCGGCAACUCCAGGUUCAAGUCACGAAAUGAUGCCGCCGAAAAUGUACCGCAAAUCGAGAAAACGCGGGAAACCAACGACACUGACGUACGAACACGGCGGCCAUUUUCCAACAGUGACCGACCGACGCCGCGCAAUUUUGCCGCGCGAAGACGCUUUGGUGGGGCGAACUGUGAGUCCGGUUUUAUUUGCAACGCAACCAGCUACACCACUUUCAAAUGCUGCAUGCCUUUUUAGCUUUUAACGCGUAGU